AUGCUCCGCAGCCAAAUGCGCAUGCGGACAAAAUGCUUGAGCGUCCGCAUUUCCACGACAAAUGGCACCCCGGCUCAACUCACGGCACAGCCCCGUCAGAAAGGAUGGGAGGAUCUCGCGGUGCUUGAAGCCAUGUCAGUCCUGGACUUUGAUGAAGGCCUCAAUCGUGCAGCCUGGGCAUCAGAAUUCUGGCAGAGCCUGUACCGUGAGGAAGCAGACAAGGCGUUGGCGACGGCCAGCAAGGCGUUGCAGCAAGCGCGGGACGCAUCAGCAAGGGCGAUAGCCCACAAUGGCAUCGCUCGAGCCCACCUGCUGGCUCGAGAGUUCCUCAAGGCUGAAGAGGCAGCAAACCUUGGGGUGGAAGCUGCUCGUGGAGCAAAGGACUCCUCAGAUGUACUGGCCCACUGCAUCGCCGCCAAGGCGUUCUUGGCGCAUUUCCGACUUGACGAUGCCUUCCAAGCAGCAGAAGCUGCGGUUUCACUCGCCUGCGACCAAGGGCGAAUUUUGCUCCAUCUGCUACCGGCUUCUGCCACAUCUUUCCCUUCACAGGCGCAGCAGAAGGGCAAGUCGAUUCAGGCUGCGGCGCUGACCGCACGAGCGCAGGCACCGGGACCGCCUCACAAGCACAGCAGUGCCGAUGAAGCAGACGUGAUGCAGCAGGUCUGCCUCGCCAGAGACAAGAAGCAAGAGGCUAGCAAGGCGGUUGCAAGGCAAGCUGCGGCUUUGUUCAGAGAGUGUGGAGAGAAAGGUGGCGAGGCAAUGGCCUUGGAGGUUUUGGUCCGAGCAUGCUUGGUGGCGAAAAAGGGCAACGAGGCUCUCCGCGCUGCAAACGAGGCGCUGGCGCUGUGUCAAGACGGAGCGGACGCUGAGUCCAGAUCGCUGCUCCUAGUUGCCAAGACAAAGCAGGCCCUUGGAGAUGCCCAGGAAGCCCAAGAAGCGGCUCAGAAAGCAGUCGCUCUCUUCGAGAAGACAGACAAUCGGCAGAUGCAGGGCAUCACGCUGAAGCAGCUGGCUGAAAUCUGCUUUGCAGGCGGUGACAGCAUCGACGGUUGGCAGUACACGAAAGAAGCUCUGGAAUGCUUUCGUGAAGUGGGCCACAAAAGUGGCGAGGCAACCACGUUGUGCCAAAUCGCAGCAGCACAUGUGGACAAUGGCUCGUGCGAGGAGGCUCUUCGCAUCGCAGAGGAAGCGGUAACCCUCUGUCGCGACAACAACUUCAGGACGCAGCUGGGGGCCACACUCAGCGUCAUGGCGAGCGCGCACGUGGCCCAACUCCCGACAGCCCGCAGCGAUCAGCAGGAACAGCAGAUCAACUGGAAGGCCCGAUUGGCCGGCAAAGAAGCCCUUGGAAUACAACAGAGCGUUGGUGAUCGUGUCGGUGAAGCACAGACAUUGAAGAGCUUGGCAUCUGCUUUCCUGAACUACGGAAAUGCAGCUGAGGCUCGGGCAAAAGCCAAACUUGCUGUUGACAUUGGCAAGGAGAUUGGGAACAAGCAGAUAGAAGGUGAAAACCUAUUGCUGGUCGCCCAGUCGAAACUCCAUGAAAACAAGGAAGAAGGGGCACGUCUUGCGAGACUGUCGGAGAAGCUCCUUCGCGAAGCAGGAGCUUCGUCUGCUGCUAGAAGUGCCGGAGAUGUCUACGAUUUCAUUCGAGAUUAUGGAGUCCAGCGCAAGGAGACGAAGAAAGACCGGCCAAAGCAGGAAGCAGACAUCAAAACGGACAUCACCAUUGACAUAGAGGAAGGGAAGCAUCGGCUCGGAUACUUUCACGGCUUUACGGCUCGGGCUGUCCGCCCUCGUGCAUAA